CUUAAACCUAAACCAGGGUUUCCCCAAACUCGGUCCCCCAAGGGCAGCACGUUUUGUUUUUAGCACGACACAGAUGAGUCAAAUAAUCAACUAAUCGUCAAGCUUUGAUCAUUUGAAUCAGCUGUGUAGAGUUAGGGCAAAAAGUCCCGAGUUUGGUAGACGCUGCACUAAUAGUAACCACUUAAUUUAACCAAUUUAAAUGUAAACUUCAUUGGGGUGACGUCAGAGUUUGACGUCCCUAAGGAUGCCGUAUUGCAAGGACCUAUCUCACCAAGACAACACGUCGGAAUCAACACAUUUAUAGGGAAGGAAACGCUAGACAGACUGUAAAAAGGUAUUAGUCAUGGAGGUUACAGAAAAGGUGAUGCCCAAAAACGCCCAGCUGCUAUCUCUUGGCCACAAUGACACUUGUCGCCUCUUGGAGGUCUAUGUGAAGCGCAGCAUCAGUUUAAAUUAUGGGACAUGUGAGGACCAGAGGUCACCAACAACGCCUCAGAAGUGGGUGACACUGCCAGAGAAAUGCAUAAGAGUCCGUCGGCAUUCUAGUGACGCCUUGAUCACCUUGGAGCCCAGCACACCUGACGAGGGCAUUGCCAGUAGCACACCACCUAAUGAGGAAGUUGUUUUACCAAAUGUGUCUCUAGUAGAAAUCCCUGAGCCUGCUGACAUUCCUGACAUUGAGACAUCUACUGAACUGGAGAACAAGUCUAAAAAGGGCAAGAAGAAGAGCAAAAAUACCUCUUUCUGGAAAGGUUUUCUGGGUUUUUUCUCGACGAAGGGGAGUGACAAGAAAGACGAGCAGGAGUCUGGUACAGAGAAAGAUGGACAGUCACAAGGAACCUUGCAGAAAAAGAAAUCCAUAAGGCAAAGUAACUCCACGAGGAGACUAUCUCUGAGAAAAAUCAAGAUUGACAGCCACAGAGGGUCUGUGAAGAGACCAUUGGCUUUGGACAGGGCCAAGACCACUGACAUAACUGGAGUUGAAUCGGUUUUGAGUGUGGGGCCUACUGACUCGUACUAUGAGAAAGUUUCAGAAGAGCUGGAGAAGAUUGUGCAUGAGGUGAAAGAGACAGAGACGGCUCUUACAGAUGAGGACGUCAUCAAAAGGAUAAUUGUUCUCAUGAAGCAGCAAGGAGACCUCAUUGAUAGCAAGCUGAAGGAGAACCCCAGCUUGAGCUCAUUCUUCCAGAAGCUGUCCUAUAGCACCUUCCAGCAGUUAGCUGAUACGUACGUGGAGACAGAGACACCUACAAGCCAGAGCCGCCAUGCACCACACACUGCUGGAUCUGGGCCCGACAACGCCCCGGAGCUGGUCAAGCUUGCCUUCACUCUGGACUUCACAGCCAGAGUAGCCUGUCUCUCCAGGCAUUCCAAAGGCCACAUCAUGGGCCUGGGCCACCGCUACUUAGAAGACCGCUUCACCCAGACACAGGUAACAACACCAGAGGUUAAUCCAGAUCAGACGUUGCAUAACUAUGAUGAUCAUAAUCAUUGAUACGUCACGUGCAAAAAAAGACUGCAGGGGAAACCGAACAUUCUUCGUGGUGUAAAAGCACAUGGAGUGCUCCUCGAUUCCUUGUGACACAAAUGGAAUAGAUUACUUAAAGAUGACUGAAAAUGCAACCCAGAGGCAAGUCACGAGGGGAACAUCACACACAACACUUAUAGUAGGCCUUGUACCUGUAAAUCUACACUAGGGCAAUCUGUGUAAUUACUAUGUUUACAGGUUAGUAAGUAAUGGAAAUGCAAUAUGGAGUUCUUACCACUUUUGGUACACUCUGUAUUUACCUAAAUUAUAAAAUGUAAUAUGCCAUUUAGCAGGCACUUUUAUCCAGAGCAACUAAUCAUGUGUACAUACAUUUUACGGGAAUUGAACCCGCUAUGCUGGCAUUGCAGACGCCAUGUUCUACCAACCUACGCCACAGAGGACCACUAGUGAUAGUAAGUACUAUGUACUGUAACUGCAUUCACUAACUACCCUGCUACAAGGUACAGGUACAUAGGUUAUUCCUCAUUCUUAAUCCUGGUUCUGGGGACACAAAGGUGUGCAUAUUUUAGUUUUUGCCCUAGCUCUACACACCUGAUUCCACGAUGAGUAAUCUAGGUGUGUUAGCUGGGGCUGGGACAAAACUGUGACAUCAAUCAGGCCCUUGAGGACUAGAAUUGCCCACCCCUGUAGGGUAAUGCCCUGUUUCUGGAAAUUAUACUUAUGACCCCUGUACCUUUCACCUGAAAGAAUAAGAAAAUCAAGCUAUUGAACAGAACUUUAUGUAGCAAUAUUUCUAGGAAGUAUAAUAAACAAAUUAUACUAAACAAAUAUAAAAAUGCAACAAUUUCAACAGUUUUACUUAGAGUUCAUAUAAGGAAAUUAGCAAAUGUGUAUUUACACUUUUUUUGAGUACAAUCUUUAGUUUCAUUGUUUUUUCUGUUUUUUCAGUCAAAGGAUGAACUACUAAUAAAAAAUGUGCAAUUUUAUA